AUGGAGGCUCCAGCCGCACUGCUCUCGGGAUCGUCAUGUUUCGGGCAAUUGCAGGUGUGCGUGAACACCUGCGACCCCUACUUCCUCCCUUUCAUCCCACUACUGGAGACAUAUCACCCGGAUUACAUAGGGUUAGGGUUAUAUGAGCCACUUGCACAUCUCACAAGCGUGCCUCGGCUCCCCGCCAUUGUUCGGAUCUCGAACUCCCUCGACUCUCCACGGAGAAGCGAUUCCAGACUUGUUUCUCAGAUUCUCCAGAGAAAAGUGCUGUCAAACCUUCAGAACUGUCUUGCAGAAUUAAAACUCCCGUUUCAUCACAGCUUCACUACCGCAAGCCACAUAAGGACAAAAUCUUCCGGCACGGGACCGGUCCCGACAAGACACACCCACACCACCCAACACCACCUCAUACAACAGCGAACCUUCAAGAAACGAGGGAGGGCGCGGCACUCGGCUUCGGCUCCGACGAGAGAACCUGCAUAA